AUGAAGACCACAACAAAAGAUGGUUUCGUCUCGGUCGUCGAGCAGACGCCGGUCGUUAUCCCGGACCUGACGGUCAAGGAUCUGCUAUCGGCCAUCCCUGCACACUGCUUCAAGCGGUCUGCGUUCUACUCGUCGCUGUACAUUGUGAUGGACGCCGUGAUCAUCGGUGCGGUCUACAAGGCGACCGUCUUUGCCGAGCAGUUCAUCUCUCCCGAACACAUCGCACUACCCCACCCCGCUCUCUACACCGCCGCGUGGGUCGCUCUCUGGGCCCUUUACGGCUUCUGCGUCGGCCUCCCGGCAACCGGUCUCUGGGUCAUCGCGCACGAGUGCGGUCACCAGGCAUUCUCCGAGUCGAAGAGCAUCAACAACGCCGUCGGCUGGGUCCUGCAUUCAGCACUCGGCGUGCCCUACCAUUCCUGGCGCAUUUCACAUGCCAAGCAUCAUGCUUCUACUGGCCACAUGACCCAGGAUCAGGUCUUCGUCCCGCCCACCCGCUCCCAGAUCGGUCUGCCGCCUCUCAACCCCGAUGCCGAGGACCUUCAGGGCUCGCGCGUCUCGGUUGAGAUCAUGAACGAGUUCAAGGAGGCCAUCAACGACACCCCCAUCGCGACGACCAUCGGCUUCUUCUCUUACCUCAUCGCCGGCUGGUGGCUCUAUCUUAUCCGUAACGCUUCCGGUCAGAAGCGCUACCCCAAGGGCACGAACCACUUCAACCCGUCGUCCGUGAUCUACCGUCCCGACCAGGCUGGCCAGAUCGUCUGGUCUGACCUCGGUAUCAUCUUUUGGAUCGCCGGCGUUGUCGGUGCGGCUAUGCACUUUGGCUUCUUCACGAUGCUGCGCGUCUACUUCAUCCCCUACCUCUGGGUCAACCACUGGCUCGUGCUCAUCACGUUCCUCCAGCACACCGACCCUCUCCUCCCGCACUACCGCGCGCCCGAGUUCACCUUCCCGCGUGGAGCACUCGCUACGAUGGACCGCAAGCUCCUCGGCGAGCUCGGUCCUAUCGGUGCAUGGUUCGGUGCGCGCCUCACACACGGUAUCUCCGAGACCCAUGUCGCGCACCACGUCGCCAGCAAGAUCCCGCAUUAUCACGCGUGGGAGGCGACGUACGCUCUCCGCCGCCGUCUCGAGCAGGCCGGUAUCCACCUCCAGGGUGCACCGGGCGGCUGGGGCGAGAUGUAUCGCGUGUUCAAGGAGUGCCGUUUCGUCGAGGACGAGGGCGACAUCUUGUUCUUCAAGAACGCCAAGGGUCUCGCUGCGUCGCGUCCUCUGGUCAAGGACAACACGGCGAGCGACUCGGGUAUCGAGAUCGAUAACUGA